UCGCAGUUGCUCCCUGUUUCGCAUUUCCGCGGGAUCCCUCACCGACCAGCAAAAAUCUCGCGUCGUAAAUCUCUCUCUGAUCUUACGGAGUAAUUCGAAACGAGGGAGUGGUGGUGAUACAAUUCGACCGGACUGCUGCUGAGAAAAAAAGAAACUGUUCGAUUUCUCAACUGGAUUUCUUUUCGGUGUUCUAUAGUCUUCGCGGUGCCUUUAGCGUCGCGGUGUUGACAGCGACGCUAAGAAAACGACCGAGGAACAUGAGGAGGAGCGUUCAUUUCUUCCCGUGUUAAUUCGAAAGAUGCACGUGUCACAGCUAUGAGCUUGUUACUAAAGUUUUAAUAGAUAAAAAAAAACAAAAAAUUAUUUGUUUACUUUUACGAAGAAAAAGAAAGAAAUAGAAAUCGGGAGAGAAAAAGAGGAGAAUAAAAAAGUAAGGAUAGUGUUGGUUCUUAGCGUCCCGACUCUCAUAAACUUCGUCGGCAUUCUCCCUCGGAGGGAGGGUAAUUUCGUGUCCGUCGGAGGGUCGACCCUCGGAGUAGCGCGGGGAUGCGCGCGAGGGUGUUUGUGCGGCGUGGAUAGGCGAGCCGGCAAUUUCGCGUGUGGCUCUCGAUAUCGAUUCUAGGAGGCCGCCGCCACCGUUGGAGUAAUCGAGUACCCCCUUCGUCGUCCUUCGGUCGGCAAAACGGCCGCUCGUUGACAUCGUCGUCGUUGAUACGCGGAGGGGGGGAUCGAUGAGAGGCAAAAAAAUCGAUCGAUCGGUUCGGGGAACCGCCGAUCGAACUCAUCUGUACUGUGCUGCCUGACGCGGAAAGGAUCUAUAUCGAUCUGAGAUUAAUCGCGCGGGAGAAGAUGCGGAUUGUAUCGGGAUAGAAACCUUGCACUACAAAAUUGUUAUAUUUUCCGGGGCACCGAAAUCUCUCGGUUAAGCCCUGGCCAGUCAUCAAUGAAGAGCCGGACAUGAAUUGGACAUCCGAACGGUCAUCAUUGGGAUUAUUAAUCAUCCUUCUUCUGAGAUGCGGUAUCAUAAGAUCGAUGACAGACGCGAAGGAGCCGAUUCUAUUAAAAGUUGUUGCUCCUCCGUCACACACGGCUUUGUCCGGCGACGUUACCGUAUUUAUCCUGGACUCAGCGGAAAUGGAAUCUUCUACAAUGUCCACAAGUACCAUGUCUAUAAACGGCAUAAAGAAAGACGAGAAAGAAGGAAUCGAUCCAAAGAAAGACGGAGUUAGCGCGGGUCACGAACCGCUUGUGCUUAGAGUACUGUACGUCGAUGGCCUCACGUCGGAAUUGAUCGGUAAUUUUCCUCUGGAUACCUUGCCGCAUAAGGGUGAGAAUAUUUCUGUGAUAAUACCUUGUGGUGUCUUCUCGCGUGGCGGAAUUUAUACACUACGACUUCAGUACAAGUUCUCAACCGUGGCUACCAGACACAACACUGCCAUUGCUGGGCUGCCCGAAAUUGAGAUGAGCAGUGCCUUAGACGUAAAGUGGCCAACCCCUUCUCUGCUUCUGGAAUCCCAACACUUCGGUACAUAUCCCAGUCAGCCGGUAAUAGCUACUAUAAAGUACAAUGGUAUUUCGUGUGUACCUGCCAACGGUGUUCCGGUGGCGGCUUAUAUUUUGCAACUCAUAUAUUGCGGCACCACCGCGGCAGCCUGCGAUCCACAGAACAACGGUCGCAUGCAAGUGCUCUAUUACGAAGAAAUAAAUGGUUUCACCUCGCCAAAGAUCGUCAAAUUGAAAUGUGAAUUUUUUGGACUGGCCGGAAAUUAUGCGCUCAGAUUAAAGGCCUCGGACGUUAAUCCAUCCGCCCCGACGACCAGCGCGUACAUUAAGGUGGAAUGGUCCGACGAGUUUAGCUUCAACGUCCACGCGAGAUCGGUCUACCCAUGCGAAGGAUCGGCGGGUAUACCGGUCCUCUUUCAAUAUCCCGCGUGCCGUCUUCAGGGCGAUCGCGUGCGGCUCUACGGCCGUCUUCGGGCGGACGUGAGUUCCCUGGCGCCGCCGUCCGCGUUGCACUACGUGGCGGAAUUGAAGGCGGCGCUUGGCAAACACUCCCUGAAUUUCGAUUGCGAUAUUUUCACUGAGAAGUUCAUCGAGUAUUGUUUCGUUUACGUGAGCCAGGCCAUCACCGGUGCGAUGGCGGAAGUGAAGCUCGCGUGUAUACCGACCUUCCCGCUUCUGGAAAACGACGCGGCCGGUUGGGGUCCUUGGAGCGCGUGGAGUCCUUGCAGCAGCUCCUGUGUGGGUGGCGUUCGCAAUCGAUAUCGAUUUUGCGACACGCCACCCCCGAAAUAUGGAGCGAAAUUCUGUCAGGGAAGAGCGGUCGAAACGGAAUCCUGCGGCGGUACCGGCAGGAUCAAUUUCCAGGAGGCGUGGAACACCGAAGGAUGGGAGUGCCGGCACGGAACAACAUUAGCUGCAGCGAGACCGGAAGUUACGGCUCAGGUCGGUGCACAAUGUCGGUGCGGUUGUAGUAUCAAUUUCGGAAAUAAAACCUUGAAUAAGAUACUGGCUGCAAAUACUCAAGCCUGUCCUGGUCGUUCCUUUUGGCUGCUGCAGGCAAAAUCGGAUUACGUAAUCCGACUACAUUUGGAUCAAACGCAGUUUCCCUGUCCGGGGCAAUAUUUCCGCGUUCGCGACGGUGACUCGCUGAGCGCGGAACUCUUAACGGAUAUCGCAUAUAAUAAGGGUGCACCCGCGACAGGAACAAUAUUUUCUUCAGGUCAAAGUUUGUUGCUUGAAUUCUCUAGCGACGAGCACACCGCUUCGGGCGAUUCCUGCGUGGGUGGCUUUUUGGGACACGCGAGCGUGUUUCAUAAACUGUACGAGAAUAAGACGGCGACUUCACUCCCUUCAGAAACAAAUUCUACCCUCACCGUUGAGCAAUGGAUCUUCUGGGGACCCGCGCAUUUGGCGACAGCAUCUCUUUUGAUACUCAUAUUCUUUAUAUCUAUUUUUCUAGCACUGCAAUUUGCACUGAAAUAUAGAAAGUACCAUAUCGCGGAGGACUUGGAUACUUUGAGCGAGAAUUCUGGAUGUAGCGAUAUGAUGAUGGGCCGAGCGAAGUCGAUGUCUUCUACGACGUUAAUUUCGGAAGUCGUGUCUCUAGUGGGACUACCAAAGAAGUGCACACCAAGACUUUCGAAACGUAAAUUAGCAUCUUGCGCGCUGGAGGAUGGUUACGAUAGUUCGGAAACUUUGGCGGAGUAUGAAGACGAAACUAGCUUGAGUUCGACUACCUUGAAGUUGCGAGAUAACGAGGAAAGCUGUGCGGAAAAAAGCGUGAUACCGAAUAAGUUGCACGAUGAUGAACCACCGGCGACAGUAUCGGCAAUUAUGGCAAUUGGCCAACCGGAAGUUAAAUAUGCCCAACCAGUCAAAUUGCGUACUCUAGGAUCUGUCAGUCCCGCGGACAAGUUGACGUCGGGCAAUACGACGAGAUGUUCAAGCACAGCGAGCAUUACAGAGAGUCCGCACAUCGCAAGACUUCAUCGUUACACGUCUAAUACUUUGCAGUCUAGGGAUUCGUCGAUGAACAGCCCACUAUCGGGCGUGUCUACGUUACGCAGCGGUAAGGAGACGAAGGACCGUCGAAAUCGCGAGCGGCUGCUGCAAGGACCGGGCUCGGAGUUCAGUCUGACAAAUCCAGAGACGGAUAUGGAGCUCGAUUAUUACGAUUACAACGUCGCGAACGCCGGCGCCGCGCCGGGCUCGUACUUAGGUAUGGAUCCAGCUUUUCUCCUAUGGAUACCUCCGUUGUCGAUGUCCGAGGAUUCUCAAGAUCCGUCUGCGGAUCAUCCGGAUUGUUUUCAAGGCACGUCGACGAGCUCGGCGUUGUAUCGACUGCCGGAGAGUACCGAGGGCGCGACUCUGACCCCGGCCGAGUAUCGGCGUAUGCGACAUCAGAUCGCAUCUGGCGUCGAGGAGACUAGACCGAGUCUCGAGCAGCAACGCCAGGAUUCGACGUCCUCGUCAUCGUCGAAGAAUGAUUCAUCGUCGGGCGCUAGCGUUCUGUCCGACGACAGCAUCAGCGAAAGCAGGACCGCCAGGUUGAACGAACGGCUGUUGCCGAUCCAUCGGAUCCUGGAGGACUCCAGGACUCGGGUCAGCGAGGAGUCUCUAUGCAGUCAGCUUGCGAUCGAAAGGACGCAAUGCACCAUUCCCAAUCGCCUUCACAGCGUUAAAUCCGAUCUCUCUCAGGAGCAAAACGUUUCGAAAAGCGAUCGGCAGGACAGCCAUGUAAAUAUCGUCGACAGCGUCGUGGCGAAAUCGGAAGACAAAUCAGAGAAAUCGAGACAGACCCCUAAGAGACAUUCCGAAGAUGCGGUACUUCAUCACAGUACUUCAAAGUCCUACGCGAAUCAAAGGGCGAAGGAUAGUACUCAGGGAGACAAGAAGAAUCGCGGUUCCAAAAACGAGAAUACGUCCAAGUUCUCCGGCAAGUCGACGAGCUCGAAGACUCAAGGACACGCGGACGGCAAGGACAGGGGUCUUCAGAGUGUCAGGAACGAGCCUAGUUCGGACAUCGUUUUGACAAACCUGAAUGUAACGAGCGGCCCUUGCAAGUAUCGAGACUUUACGCAAUUCACGCAACCACGUGAGAUCAAUAAACUGUCGGACUGCACUAAUAUCCCGAUGAUUGAGCUCUCGGGACCGCGCUUAAAUUCACCGGCGACGGCACGGAGACUGACGACGGACAACCUGAACAUCAGUCUGUCCAAGAAAGAAAUUCAGAGCCCGGAUUACGGGGUCGAGAGUGACAUGAAGACGGAAUCGCGCGACUCCUUCUACGAUCUGAUCCGCGAGAAUGAGGACGGCAUCAAGUUUGCGGACGACGACGAUGAGUAUAUUGAUAACCGAGCAAAUCUGUGAAAUCUAUGUUGUAAUUGCUAUAUAUGGAGCGCAAUAAAGAUUAUUGCUAUUUUACGGUUGAGAAAA